AUGGCCGCAUCUGUAGAGAUUCAGUGCACAUGCAGAGUCUGCACCAAUAUUCGUCUAACGAUCGACAAUGUAUUUUGUGUUUUAGACGUAUACGGUUGGCUAUUGAACUCUUAUGUCGUGGACUUUUUUCAAGAAAAAUUAUGGGAUAAAUUGCCAGAAAGUUGGAGAUUUGCUCUACACGAUGUAUCUCCUCGAGAGUUUGGGAAAUGGCUGUCGGGAGACAUCUCGUGCACGCAAGUAUGGCCCUUAUCUUUACUUGCACUUCGUCAAGUGACUAAUAGUCUAAAAAUAAAUAGAGACCAUGGAGACCCAGCAAGUAUAAUAUCUUGCAAAUUGGACAGUACAAAAAGAAAUAAGGAAGAGACUAAUAAAAAAUUUCAAAGUACCAAAUCAGAAGUACUUGAUAAAUCAAAUUCUCAAGAUAGAAAAUUUACUAAUUUAUUCUCAAAGCAUAUAAAAAAGAAAAAGAGAUACGAAAUACAAGAAUUAGCUCACGUAUGUGCUGACUGUGCUUAUGAGUCUAACUGUAAAUGUAUUGUUGAUAUUGGGGCUGGUAUGGGUCAUUUGGCUCGUACCUUAGCAUUUCAACAUGGUUUAUGUGUUACUUGCAUUGAACAAGAUUCUACACUGUUGCAACAAGCUAGGAAAUGGGAUCAAGAAUUAUUAAUGUCUGCAAAAAAGCAUCUACUCCAUUUCUGCGAGAAAGUCCCACAGCAUUAUACAGCUAAAUUAGAAUCAUCAAAUUUGGUAGAAUCAGAAUUAGUUGGACAUUUACAAAAUUUAUUUCAGAAUGGGUUCAACUUAUGUAAAACAGAUGCUAAAUUUGGUCUUAUAGGACUUCAUUCGUGUGGAGACUUGGCUCCUUUACUGCUAAAACUUUAUUCUUCCAGAUGCGAAGCCAAAUUUAUUUGUAUCGUAGGAUGUUGUUACAUGAAAUUAUCUUUAAAAUCACAAUUGAAUGAAUUAAAUGGUUAUCCACUUAGUAAAUAUCUCAGAUCAUGUAAAAAUCAUACAUUAAGUUAUACAUCAUUAGAAGUGGCAUGUCAUGCCAUUGAAAAGUACUGUGAUAAAUUGAAGACAGGGAAUUAUGAAGAUUUAAUAGUUCAUACUUAUAGAGCAGCUUUAGAAACUAUUUUAAUAAAGAAAAGUGAAAAAUUGCGACAUAGUCAAUUGAGAAAUGUCAAAGUAAGGAAAGGCAUGACAUUUCAACAGUACUGUGACGCAGCGACGUCAUAUUUGGAUACUUACCUGCAACCAGAAGACUCUGACAUCAAUAGUCCAGAUAUUAAUGCCUAUUUAAAUCGCUGGAAAGAAGUCAUAGUAUUUGGAUCCUUACGGAUGAUGUUGGCGCCGUUAGUGGAGACGAUCGUACUGCUCGAUAGAUUCCUGUUUCUGUCUGAAAAGAAUUUAUCACCGACAUUAAAACCCGUUUUCGAUAGUAGACUAUCACCGCGAAAUUUAGUAUUAAUAUCUAAAAAGAAUAAUUGA